AUGUCUCCUUACGUUCUUAUUAUCCUAACAUUUAGUCUCUUCAUCGGAACUUGCUUGACACUAUUUAGCAAUCACUGAUUCACUGCCUGAAUAGGAUUAGAAAUCAAUACAUUAGCAAUUAUCCCACUAAUAACUGCACCUAAUAACCCCCGAGCUACAGAAGCUGCCACAAAAUAUUUUCUAACCCAAGCUACCGCCUCUAUAAUAAUAAUAUUUGCUAUCAUUUGCAAUGCAUGAUCAACAAACCAAUGAACCCUAUUCCAACUUACUGACCAUUGAGCCUCUAUUUUAAUAACUUUAGCCUUAUCUAUUAAACUAGGCCUUGCACCUUUUCACUUCUGAGUUCCAGAAGUAACACAAGGAAUCCCAUUAUUAACAGGAAUAAUUCUACUUACUUGACAAAAAAUUGCCCCCACUACCAUCUUAUACCAAAUUGCCCCUUGCUUAAACAUAAAAAUUCUAAUUAUCUUCGCAAUCUUAUCUGCUAUUCUAGGUGGGUGAGGAGGACUAAACCAAACCCACCUACGAAAGAUCUUAGCCUAUUCAUCCAUUGCGCAUAUAGGUUGAAUAGCGAUUGUUGUUCACAUUAAUCCAACUAUAACUAUUCUUAAUCUUACUAUUUAUAUUAUAGCCACCAUUACCACGUUUAUAACCCUCAACCUAUCGAACAUCACUAAAAUCAAAUCCCUAGGUAGCCUAUGAAAUAAAUCCGCUCCUACAACCGUCAUUAUUCUCCUCACACUAUUAUCCCUAGGUGGCCUUCCUCCCCUCACCGGCUUUAUACCCAAAUGAUUAAUCUUACAAGAACUAAUUGCAAACGGUAACUUUAUUGUAGCUAUAACAAUAGCCUUAACCGCCCUAUUAAACCUAUUUUUCUAUAUACGAAUUAUCUAUGCAUCCAGCCUUACUAUAUUUCCAUCUACCAAUAAUUCUAAAAUACAAUGAUAUCACAACUCAAUUCGACCUACUAUACUAAUUCCAACAGCUACAAUUAUCUCCUCUAUACUACUACCCCUCACACCUUUAUUUAUUACAUUAUCAUAA